AUGUCAUUUGUGAAAGAAGCAUACAUUGCUCAGCUAGCCGUCAAGCGGGCUUCUCUAUUAACUAAGAGAAUUGCAGAUGAGCAUCUUCAGCGUGGAAUUGAGAAAAAGGAUAAAUCUCCCGUUACCAUAGGAGAUUUUGCAGCUCAGGCAGUUAUUAUCCAUUCUAUCCUGAAGAACUUCCCGGAAGAUCUUAUUGUCGGUGAGGAGAAUUCAUCAUUGAUCAAAUCUCAGCACUUGGAGCCAAAGAUUUUGAAGGAGAUAGACUGGGUCCAAAAAUCGGACUCAGUGUCAAAUGACAAACUUGGUGUCAUCACAAAUGCUGAAGAGCUUUGUUCAGCGGUUGAUAAGGGAAAUUCAAAGGGUGGACAUAAGGGAAGGAUCUGGGCCUUAGAUCCAAUUGAUGGUACUUCCGGAUUUCUUAGGGGUGCUCAGUAUGCAGUUUGUUUGGCCUUAAUUGUCGAUGGUGUUGUCCAGGUUGGAGUGGUUGGAUGUCCUCAUCUCCCACAUAGUUUAUAUGAAAAAGAUAGUAAGAUUGGUGGAAUUUACACGGCAGUUAAAGGUCAAGGUGCAUAUUUCCAGGAUUUAGCAGCAGCUGUGACUUCACCUUACGAUUCAUCACACCCAAUUCACUUACACAACGACUACGAUUUUUCCAAGGCUAGAGUUGUUGAAGGUGUCGAAAAGGGACAUUCUUCCCAUGAACUUCAGUCAUUAAUAGAGUCUAAGCUCAAGAUAGCUCAGCCCCCAGUUAGAUUAGAUUCACAAGUGAAGUACUGUGCAGUUGCUAACGGAGAUGCCGAAAUCUACUUGAGAUUGCCAACAAGUCUUUCUUACAGGGAAAAGAUUUGGGAUCACGCCUCAGGUUGGCUUUUGGUGCACGAAAGUGGAGGAAUAGUCACUGAUAUUUUUGGCAAUAAGUUAGACUUUGGUAGUGGUAGAACUCUCAACAGUCAAGGUGUCAUUGCAGCCACUGCAACUCUUCAUCCGGAGAUUAUAAAGACGGUCAAGGAUUUAGUCGGAGAGCACGGCCAAAUGUUAUACAGAUUCUGUUCAGCAUAA